AUGCUAGCUAUUCUUCUGCAUGCUAUACCUGAUGAAGUUGAUUUGCUUAAAAUGCUAGAAGGAAAGUCUCCUGUGCACGGCGCUGUCGAAGGAAGAAAGAAAAUUAAUAUAUUGGCACAAAUCGGGAAGGAAAAGCCAGACCUUUUGCGCCAGAAAGAUGAAAAGAAGGCGAAUGCAAUUCACUGCGCAGCAUCCAUGGGUUGUUUUUUGGCAACUCAAUUCCUGUUUGAUGAAUAUCGUGCUGGUGCAAUCCAACAAAACAGUGAAGGCAACUUGCCUAUCCAUGUCGCUAGCAAAAAAGGACAUGUUGAUGUAGUACAUAUAUACAUUUCGAAGUGGUCUGAUCUAACAGAAUUUCUCAACAGCAAAGGGCAGAACAUUCUUCAUGUUGCUGCAGAGAGUGGACAGCAUCGAUUGGUGAAGCAUAUCCUAGAAAGCGACAGACUCCAAGCGCUUGCAAAUGAGAAGGACCUGGAAGGAAACACACCUUUGCAUUUGGCUUCAAAGAACGGCCAAUCUUGGGCAACAUAUGCUCUAGUGAGCAACAAUAUAGUUACGAGACAGAUGGCCAACGGCGAAAACUUGACACCUUAUGAGGUUGCAGAGAAGCAAUCUAAAAUAGUGCAAGCAUAUUACUCAGAAGAAACAAUUCGGAAUGGAAAGGUUUAUUUAUUAGAAUCUGAUCGGACAAGAAAACUGAUUAAUGACAUUGCGACAGAAACAAACUCUGGCCAUCUGCUUAUUAAACUUGGCUGGACGAAGGAAACUACUACAAUUCUCAUCAACAAGGUAAAAAGUCCUAUAAGAGAAAGCAUCGUCAAGAUAGUCGACUAUAUGAAGAUGAAAAAUAACAAAGGAAACACUACUCUUCGCGAGACAGUCAUUAGUUGCCAUAAGGAUGUGGCCAAAUUUAUGGUUUUGGAAUGCUCGGAGGUUUCCUAUAUCCGAACAUAA